UUCUACCUUGGUGCGAACAGUGAAAAUAUAAAUAGUGAACGAAGUACAAAAUGCCAAGCUGUAGCGUAAAAAAGUGCAAAAAUUAUUGUUUACGCAAAGGAUCGGCGAAAAGAAACAAACUAGAACUAAUGGGGAUUUUGAAGAAGGUGUCCUACCACAAAUUUCCAAAGGAUCCAGUACAGAGACAGAAUUGGGCCCGUGCUUUACGGAUGGAAACUGUACGAGAGACGUUUCGUGUCUGCUCCGAUCACUUUCCCGAAGACGCUUUCGAUCGGACCUCGUUAGCUGUUGUCAGACUCCGAGAGCACGCAGUUCCAAUCGCAGUCGAAGAUAUGGCGGACAAUAAUUUCACCAAGGAAACGGAGACAUCUAACCUCAAUACCCCAAAGUCUCCGUCUUUAAAGAAAAUGUACAUACAAAAGUCGAUAGGGGUCCAAACAGAAGACAAGACGAUUUCACCGAGAAUGAAAAAUGUCAGUCGAGGAACUUCUGUUUCGCCGAACAGAGCAUUUCAUUCUCCUACCAACGAAGAAAUGCGGAGAUGUUAUACAAAGGUUAUCGAGCUUCUGAAGAAGAAAAACAAAUUGUCGUUACAACGUUUACGUCGAGCCGAGAAGAGAGUUAAUUGUGUCAAACAAAUUGUGGGAGAACUGAGGAAAAGAAAGUUCCUGGUGGAUGAUUAACUUCAGGAGCUUAUUGAAUUUGGAAAAUGAAGACUGUUUUGUACAAUUACGCCACGCUGAAGUCCGCUGAAAGUGUAAAUAAUUGCAUCUUUACAUGAAACUCUAAGUUGUGCUAAUGAUGUAAUGUCUGUAUAUAGUAUAUAAGGUGUAAGUGUAGGACACUAAUAAUUUCUUAAUAAAUCUAAAUAUUUGAAUACUCGGAA